AUGGAAGUCAGCAGGUCUCUAAACACUUCCCACAACAGACACCAUACAGCUCAGGUAAAUAGAAAUAAGGAAGUCAGCAGGUCUCUAAACACUUCCCACAACAAUCACCAUACAGCUCAGGUAAAAAGCAAUGAGGAAGUCAGCAGGUCUCCAAACACUUCCCACAACAAACACCAUACAGCUCAGGUAAAAAGCAAUGAGGAAGUCAGCAGGUCUCAAAACACUUCCCACAACAAACACCAGUCAGCUCAGGUAAACAGCAAUGAGGAAGCCAGCGGGUCUCUAAACACUUCCCACAACAGACACCAUUCAGCUCAGGUAAACAGCAAUGAGGAAGCCAGCGGGUCUCCAAACACUUCCCACAACAGACACCAUUCAGCUCAGGUAAACAGCAAUGAGGAAUCCAGCGGGUCUCCAAACACUUCCCACAACAAACACCAUUCAGCUCAGGUAAACAGCAAUGAGGAAGCCAGCGGGUCUCCAAACACUUCCCACAACAGACACCAUUCAGCUCAGGUAAACAGCAAUGAGGAAUCCAGCAGGUCUCCAAACACUUCCCACAACAAACACCAUUCAGCUCAGGUAAACAGCAAUGAGGAAUCCAGCAGGUCUCCAAACACUUCCCACAACAAACACCAUUCAGCUCAGGUAAACAGCAAUGAGGAAUCCAGCAGGUCUCCAAACACUUCCCACAACAGACACCAUUCAGCUCAGGUAAACAGCAAUGAGGAAUCCAGCGGGUCUCCAAACACUUCCCACAACAGACACCAUUCAGCUCAGGUAAACAGCAAUGAGGAAUCCAGCAGGUCUCCAAACACUUCCCACAACAAACACCAUUCAGCUCAGGUAAACAGCAAUGAGGAAGCCAGCGGGUCUCCAAACACUUCCCACAACAAACACCAUUCAGCUCAGGUAAACAGCAAUGAGGAAUCCAGCGGGUCUCCAAACACUUCCCACAACAGACACCAUUCAGCUCAGGUAAACAGCAAUGAGGAUUCCAGCGGGUCUCUAAACACUUCCCACAACAAACACUGA